GGGUGGCGAAGGAGCGUCCGGGCGUGGGAGGGCCCCUCCCGGCCACCGUCACGCGGGGAGCAACGGCUACUCCUGGGUGGGGGAGGGGCUGGCGGCGGCACGGCGGCCAUCUUGAGCCAGGGGCCCGCACUGCGGAGGCCGGGGCUCACGGAAGGAGGCCCCGCGGGCAGGGCAGAGCGCGCUGGGCAGGGCGACUGGGACCCGCCCCCGCAGGGUCCCGAGAGCCAGAGGCAGAGGCAGUGUGAGGAGCGCGGCGGUGCCCGCCCCGCCAGGCCUCGCGCCCGCCUGCCCGGCGGCCAGCACGCGCCCCAGCCCGGCCAGCCGACCAGGCCGCGGCCCUGCGCGGCGGCGCCAUGCGGCUCACCCUCGAGGCCGGGCCGCAGCUCACCUUCCACAUCGACAUUGACCCCGGCCAGACGGUGAGGGCCCUCAAGGAGAAAAUUGAAGCCGAGCAGGGCAGAGAUGCCUUUCCGGUAGCGGGGCAGCAGCUCCUUUAUGCGGGCCGCGUCCUCCCGGACGACGCUGUGCUCAGAGACUGUCAGAUCCACGAGCACCACGCGGUGACGGUCCUGGUGGCCAGACCCGAGGCGGCGACCACAGCAGCACCGGCCACGGCCACGGCCACAGCUGGGCAGUCCCAUCCUGCCACCGCGGCAUCGGCUGGUGCUGGGGCCCCAGCGCGCGGCCCUGCCUUGCCCGCCGCGCCUGCCACCUCCACGCGUGCCACGCCGGCACCUGCCUCCUCCACGUGUGCCAUGUCCGUGCCUGCCACCUCCACGCGUGCCACGUCCGCGCCUGCUACCUCCACGCGUGCCAAGUCCGCGCCUGCCUCCGUGUCC